ACUCUCAUAAAAAAAAACACGCUGCUAACCGAAAAGCUGUGGUAAUAUAAAUAGAUCUAGAUCUAUACAAAAUCAACAUUUGAAAUGGAAUCGCUGAUCUCACUUUUCGAACAUUUCAAAUUAAAAGACAAGUCAGCUAUACAGCUAAACAAGGAAGACCCAGAUUAUAUUUUAGACUUUUCUUAUCAAGAAAGAAGUGAAGAUCCACUGAUAGCGGCUGCUUGCAGUAAUUUUUCUAUAAAAUUAAUGUCCAGAUUAAGACUAGCUACAGUUUGUACAUUAUUAGGUCACAAAGAUACAAUUACUAAAGUUCAGUUUGGUAAAACAGAUGAUAACUUAAUUUUUUCCUGCUCAAGAGACAAAACCAUUAGAUGUUGGGAUAUCAGAGCUCCAUCAGAUAAAGAAACACAAAUAUUUAGUAACUCACCUGGUAUUAAAUCAGAUUUUCUUUGUCUGGAUAUAAGUCAAACAGAUCGGCUGCUUUGUGCUGGCACAGAGUUGGACAAUAAUGAUUCUUUUUUGCUUUUCUGGGAUCGCAGGUGUUCAGGUUUACUUGGUUGUUAUAGAGAGUGCCAUCAGGGAGAUGUAACUCAGGUCAGUUUCCAGCCUGGCAGUGACCAGUAUAUGGCAUCUGGCUCAGCUGAUGGCUUGGUGUGUACAUUUGACCUGAAUGAAGCUUGUGAAGAUGAUGCUCUGCAGUUGACUUGCAACGCUAUGUCCGAUGUGUCUCGAGUUGGAUGGUGUGGUCCCAACAGAAAGGAAUACAUCUACUGUGUUACAUCAGACUACAAUGUACAAGUCUGGGAUUCAGAGGAGGGAGAGAGCUGUAAUACACUGACUGACUUUUCUAUUGAACUAGAUAUUUCCUCUGAUUAUAUUGUUGAUUGCAUACCUGACAUGACUGCCCUAGAUGAUCAACAUACAAUUGUUCUAAUAGCAGGUGAUCACAGUGGCAACCUCCAGUUGGCAUCUUUUAAUGAGACAAGUUCAAAGAUACUGGCUAGUUUGAACGGGGGACACACAGCUACUGUCAGGUGUUCACACUGGGAUCCAAAGACUCAAACUUUGCUGACUGGCGGAGAAGACUCUCUUGUGUGUCUUUGGUCAGCAGCCGCCAGCACAGAAACAUUUCAAGACAAGGGCAGCAAAUCAUCUUUGAUAGGUAAAAUCAAAGAAAAAUCUAAAGCUGAGGACAGAAAACCAUACAGCAAAAAGCCAAAAUAAUGCUUCACUUUUUAUGUAAUAUUAAUAAAGAAUUAUGUAUUUAUAUUUGUAUACAUAA